GUGAACCAACCCAACACUUUCUUAUUUUAACAUUUUUUUGUCUUGAAAAGUAGAAGUUCUAUAAUAAGAACCUCAAUACCAUAGGACUCUUGUUCAAUUUCACACACACCAAAUCCCAAACCACCUCAACACUACACUUCUUCUCUUCUUCAAGGACCAAACCAUUUCAGAGACAAAAAAAAUGAUCAUAAAUGUGAGAGAUUCGACUAUGGUGCGGCCGUCGGAGGAGGUUACACGGCGGACGGUGUGGAACUCCAACGUCGAUUUGGUGGUACCGAAUUUUCACACACCAAGUGUUUAUUUCUACAGAAACAAUGGUGCGUCGAAUUACUUCGACGUCAAGAUUAUGAAGGAAGCUCUUAGCAAAGUGCUUGUGCCAUUUUAUCCAAUGGCUGGCCGUCUUCGUCGCGACGAAGACGGUCGUGUUGAGAUUGAUUGUGAUGGUCAGGGAGUGCUCUUUGUCGAGGCCGACACUGGUGCGGUUAUCGACGAUUUUGGUGACUUUGCUCCCACGCUUGAGCUCCGUCAGCUAAUCCCAACAAUUGAUUAUUCGCGCGGAAUCGAAACUUAUCCCCUUCUAGUGUUACAGGUAACAUAUUUCAAAUGUGGAGGAGUAUCACUUGGUGUUGGUAUGCAACAUCAUGUAGCAGAUGGAGCUUCUGGUCUUCACUUCAUCAACACAUGGUCGGAUGUAGCUCGCGGCCUAGAUGUUUCCAUCCCACCGUUCAUCGACCGGACGCUACUCCGCGCCAGCGAUCCUCCUCGGCCUGUUUUCGAUCACAUUGAAUACAAGCCGCCACCAUCCAUGAAGGCUUCUCAACAGCCUACAAAACCAGGCUCAGACGGUGCAGCUGUGUCGAUUUUCAAAUUGACUCGCGAGCAACUCAACACGUUGAAAGCUAAGUCGAAAGAAGCCGGUAACACAGUCCACUACAGUUCUUACGAGAUGUUAGCUGGUCAUGUUUGGAGAAGCGUGUGCAAAGCAAGAUCGUUGCCCGAUGAUCAAGAAACCAAAUUGUAUAUUGCAACCGACGGAAGGGCGAGAUUGCAGCCUCCUCCUCCACCGGGUUACUUUGGGAAUGUGAUAUUCACAACAACACCUAUAGCUAUUGCAGGUGAUCUCAUGUCAAAACCAACAUGGUAUGCUGCAAGUAGAAUCCACAACGCGUUGUCGCGAAUGGACAACGAGUAUUUAAGAUCUGCUCUUGAUUUCCUAGAGCUACAGCCUGAUCUUAAAGCUCUUGUUCGCGGUGCGCAUACUUUCAAGUGUCCGAAUCUCGGUAUUACUAGUUGGGCGAGGCUUCCGAUUCACGAUGCUGAUUUCGGUUGGGGAAGGCCUAUUUUCAUGGGACCUGGUGGGAUUGCUUAUGAGGGACUUUCUUUUAUAAUUCCAAGCUCAACAAACGAUGGGAGUUUAUCGGUGGCGAUUGCUCUUCAACACGAGCAUAUGAAAGUGUUUAAGGAAUUCUUGUAUGAUAUUUGAAGAAACAAUUGGAACAGCACUGUGUUUCUAAGGUGGUGUUUUGUUUCCUAGUUUUUUGGUUUUUCUUUUGGUACUUUUGGUGAACUCUAUGCAAAUGUUAAUGAGACUUGUUUCAGCUUACAAUAGAGUAAAUCUGUUGAGAGUGUUAUAAUCUGUAAACAAUUUAAUUUGAUGUUGCAGUUUGCACAAAACUUCAAACAUUCGAACACCUAUUAUCGGUAUUGUAGUUAUUUAUCAUUUGA